CCAAAGAUCAAAUGUGAACUCUUGAUUUUCUUUUGUAAGGCACGUCCUUCAAAUUCCGGGUAAUUUACAAAUUCCCCCCAAAGUUGUCAGUAUUCCGAUCUUUCUCGUGACCGACCUUGGUUUUCACGGAGAAUCCAUUCCAGUCAUUCUUUCAAUCUGCAAGGGUUUGGCUAUUUUCAUUUUCAGUCUGCCAUGAAUUCCAUUCUCUGAUAUCCAGUUCAUCGAACAUGUCUGUGAUUCCAGAAGCCUUAUUGACAGAUCGAGCAUCGUCGCCGGACGGUAGCGUCGCUACCGCCGGCAAUCACCUAAUUUCCCGAUGGCCCAGCACUUCCGCUCCAGUGUGCCGUAGCUUCUUGCACGACGCAACCUUGGUCGUACCUUCGGUUAUCUUCAUGCUGUAUCUAGGGUUUCAUGCAAGGAGGAACAUUAAGAAACUCAGGAACCGACUGUCUCAUGUCAUGAUUGCAUAUUAUGCGCUCUUGUGGUUUGCUGCUCUGGUAAACGUUGCCUGGGCAGCUCUGCAGGCAUGGCAAUGUGCUCCUGGGAAGGUUGUUGCCUGGAAUCUCUUGUCAUUGUUUGCAGCUUCUGCAAUGCUGUGUUUAGAGAUUAGCCUAAUGGCGUUCUUACUUCACGAGAAUUAUUCUACUGGAUUGGAAACUUUAACACGCACUUUCUUUGUGUCUGGUCUUUUUGUUGGCGUGGACUUUCUACUGAAGGUAAUUCUUAUAUUUGGAUUUAGGAUUCCACUCUUUGUUGAUGUUGAAUUAGCAAACCGAGGGAAGUGGGCCAUCUGGUUUGCCUAUAGGCUCCUGCUAACUGCAGCUUAUGGGUACAUUUUGUUUGUGCACUUCUCCAAGUGGAGAGAUAAUCUGCCCCCCAGACCGGCCUUCUACAAAUAUGUCAUUGCGAUGUUUGUGACAAAUGUUGUGAUAUUAUGUGCUUGUGCACUUGCUGGAUUUGGGAUUGGCUUUGGUCUCUGGUUAAAUGAUUUGGGUGUUAUUGGCUACCACUCACUGUAUCUCCCCUUAAUAUAUGCCGUGUUUUUAGCCGACUUCUUUCAGGAAGAAGAUUGGCUUUUGGAGGAGGCAUACUAUUCGGAGAUGAAAGACGCGGGGUUCUUUGAUGCAGAUUGGGAAUAGCAUUUUACGCGUUGUGAUAGCCUCAUUGUCUAUGUACUUUGUGAAUAUUUCCACUCAUGUGAACUGCCCACAACCCCGUCCUGGAAACCCAGUGGGGGCGAAGAUCUUCCUCUUCGGAGGUUGUGUGUCAACGGACCGUUCUUCUUUUAGAGAUGCUAAGAAUGUAGAAACUGUAAAUUAAAUGAACUUUCCUUGUUCCAAUAAGGUCAUGUAACCUUUCUCUCUUAUUAUGUGAUCUUUUUGUUCCCUGACUUUCGGUGUAUCUAAACAUUCAUAGACGUUCUCGCCUACAUAAAUUAAUGUUGGGUCAAAAU